UAGAAACGCGGUAGAAAAAAUGUGCUAGUCCGAUCCUUAUAACCAAUCAAUCAAUCAGCCACAGAGCCAACACCAAGGAACCAUCCCCUGGCUCCCUGCCAUGCCGCCGCCACUCACCCUCCUCCUGGCCGUCCUCCUCGCCGGCCUCCAACCCGCCUCCGCCGCGUCAUCCUCGCAAACGGACGCCCUCCUAGCCUUCAAGCGAUCCCUCACCAUCCCGCCCGCGGCCGCAGCCUUCUUCUCCACGUGGGACGCCGCCGCUGCCUCGCCUUGCAACUUCACCGGCGUCACCUGCGACUCCAGCCGCUCCGUCGUCAUCGGCGUGUCCGUACGGGAGCACGGAGUCGCUGCCGCGUCCGUCCCGUUCGGCAUCAUCUGCGGCUCGCUGACGAACCUCACCACGCUCUCUUUGCCGUCGAACGCGCUCGCCGGGGGCAUCGACAGGGUCGUCGCGUGCACGGGGCUUGAGGAGCUCACCCUCGCGUCCAAUGCCUUCUCCGGCGCCGUGCCGGACCUCUCGCCGCUGAUCCGUCUCCGCAGGCUCGACGUCUCGAAUAACAGCUUCUCGGGUGCGUUCCCCUGGGCCGCGCUGCCCGCCAUGCCAGGCCUCACCGUGCUCGCCGCGGGAGACAACCCGUUCUUCGAGCCGACCAGUUCUUUCCCCGCCGAGGUCACCGAGCUCACCAACCUCACCGUGCUCUACCUCUCUGCCGCCAACAUCGUCGGCGCCAUCCCGCGGGCUAUGGGGAGCCUAGUCAAGCUCGUGGACCUCGAGCUGGCCGACAACAACCUCACGGGCGAGAUACCCCCGGAGAUUGCCAGUCUCGUUAACCUCCGGGCCCUCGAACUGUACAACAGCUCCCUUACCGGAGCUCUCCCGCGGGGGUUCGGGAAGCUAACGAAGCUACAGUACUUCGACGCGUCACAGAACAUGCUGACCGGCGGCCUCUCCGAGCUCCGGUUCCUCACGCGGCUCGUGUCGCUUCACCUCUUCGACAACAGCUUCUCCGGCGAGGUGCCCCUCGAAAUCGGAGACUUCAAGGAGCUCGUCUACCUGUCACUCUACAACAACAGCCUCACAGGCGAGCUGCCGCAGAGCCUCGGGACUUGGUCGGAGCUGACCUACAACAACAGCUCUCUUAGAGGAGCACGAACUCACUGACGGGGCCGAUCCCGCCGGACAUGUGCAAGAGCGGGAGGCUGCUGCUUGAGAAUAAAUUCUCUGGCGAAAUCCCAGCGACCUACGCGAGAUGCACGACCCUGGAGAGGUUCCGUGUCAGCAAAAACUCGCUCUCCGGCGAGGUACCCCAGGGCUUAUGGGCGCUUCCCAACGUCGAAAUUAUUGACCUUGCGGACAACCAUCUCACCGGCGGCAUCGGUGACGGCAUUGGCAGCGCCAGGUCGCUGGCCACUCUCUUACUCGGUCGGAACCGGUUCCUCGGCGCCAUACCAUCGUCGAUAGGCAAUGCCAGAAAUCUGCAGAGUUUAGACCUUUGGUCCAACAAACUCUCCGGUACCAUACCGUCGUCCAUAGGCAACGCAAAAAACCUCGAGUAUAUAGACUUUUCGUCGAACCAGCUCUCCGGCGCUAUACCGUCGUCCAUAGGCAACGCCGGAAAUCUCCAGAAGAUAUACCUUUCGUCCAACAAACUCUCCGGCAUGUUAUGAUUACGGUUCUAAGAGAUAUGACAAUACACUGGUAGAUAAACCAGGUUUGAGAUUCAUGCUACGUUUUUCUGGGUUUACCAAAUUGUUCCAUAGUGCUGUAUUAAGGUUGUUCUUGUUUCAAAAUGAAUCAUAAUGUUUCAUUGUGGACCGCUAUGUAAUAGUGCAUCCAACCUGAAAGCAGUGCACACUUAUUUGAUCGUACACCACCCUAGUCAGAAGCGGGAGAGGGUCACAUAGGAUCCCCCCUGCCCCCCAAAGUGCGAAACUAGCUCGACA